CUCUCCCGCUGCUUACUCGAAAGGGUGGGAAAGAAGUGAGGGAGCAGGAAUGGACUUGGACGGAGAAGGGCAAUUCUGACAGGAAAAAGCAGCCAAGUGGGAGUUUUAUGGCGAAGGGACAGGAGCUGACAAAAGAAUGGCGGCUGCAGAAGAGUGGAAGAGGCAGAUUUGGCAGGAGAAAGGGGGAGAGAACAAGUUGGCAGGGAAGGAGAGGGUGUGGCAAAGGUGGAGCAGGGCAGAACUCUGCAGAGCAGAACCCUGCAGAGCAGGGUAAUAGCACAGGCUGGGAAGCUAAAGCUUUAUGAGAUUGAGAUCCUCAUCCUUCAGUGGGCUGGUAUAAAUGCUGAGUUCAGAGUCCCAUCCCGGUGAUGUGAUGGACUCUAAGCCCCAGUCGCUGUGCUCCUCAUUUCCCUGUACUGCUGCCAAUGGCCGUAGGGGACCCAAACAACCUUCAAGCAGCCCUGAGACAGGGGACACCCGCCCAAAGCCGCCCGUGAAACCCAAGCCCUGUGUGCUGCCAAAGCCAGCCAUGCCAGUGAAGCCUGCCCCUGGACUGCGUCAGGCUCUCUCUGAGGUGCCCUCUGCUGAAAAGAUGAAUUUAUUGGCUGGGCCCAAGCCAUAUAGCAGUGGGGCUGGCAGUUCUGUGAAGCGUCUCUCUUUUAGUCUAAAGUGCCCUCCAAAAGAAACUACCAAUGGGAAAGAGGUUUCAUCUGCAUUUUCCACUGCAGUUAAACCAUCUGGAGAUGGAGAAGUCGCUGGUACUGUAAAGAAAUCCAGUGCUAUGGAAGGAGCUUCUGGAGAAGAAUGUGGAGAAUCCUCCACAUGUGAGGGUGCUGUCCCUUUCAAAGUGAAGCCAGUGCCAGUGGCAACCAAGCCAGAGCGUUUUCCUGGGACCACAGUGGAGGAGAUCUUGGCCAAGAUAGAGAAGCCCAACAAAGAGGGGUCAAACAGCCCCAACAGGCCUCGGCUGGUACGCUCCUUCUUCAGCCAGGAUGGUGGCACAGCUGUUCACCUGGGGCCUAAAGGUUAUACUGCAUUCCGGAGAUGUUCCAGUGGAGGCGAAGGGGGAGGGACAGAGUCGGAGGGUUCUGCCUUCAGAGCCUCUUGUGAAGCUGUGGAGAACAGAUUGUCAAGGAACAAGGAGGAAACUGCGAGUUCAAAUGGUCAGCAUGUGCCUGAAUCUGAGCAACCAGCAAGAGCAGUAGAGAGAAACUUAGAUUUCCUCUCUAGGGACAGCAGCUCCGGUCAACCUAGCAUGAGCUGUGAUGGAAGCCAACCUGGGCGUAGCAGUCCACCAUCUCCCCCUGGCACCUAUCAACCCCACACCAAGCUGUCUUCUGGAGUCACACCUGGGUCUCCUGAUGCUCCUGCUGAAGCAGCCCAGCCCCCAGGUGCCCCCUAUUUUCAAGCAGAUGUCCCCAGCACUGAAACUCAGCUUCCACCAGGUUCUCCUGAUGCACCUACCGAACUCCCCCAAACUCCUGUCAAGGCUUUCCUUGGUCUGGCCCAGGCUCCAGGUUCCCCUGUGGCCCUUGCAGAGCCCUGGCCCCCAGGAUCCCCCAGUACUUUCAUUAAGACUUCCCCAGGACACUCCCUGUCUUCGGGCCUCUCAGGCUCUCUGCUUCCUGGGCAAUCUGCUAGUUCAACACAUUCUCCUGCUGAGCACAGCCAGGAAACCCCUCGUCUCCUGGGAGCCUCUGAACCCCCUGGUUCCCCAAGCACUCCUUCUGAGUACCAUGUUGGUUCUGAUCAGCCUCCUGGCUCCCCCUCUCGCACACAAGGCUCCUUACCCUCCAGAGACCAAGAUCCCCUCAAGAAUCCAACACAGGCACCCCCUCUUGAGGACAAGGCCCCCCAGCUCUCACAGCUGGUCCUGCGGCGUGCCUCGGAGGGAGUGGUGCAGCCACGGGGUAAAAAAGUGUCCAGGGAGGAGUUGGGGGGGUCCUUGGCUGUCCUACCAAGAGGAGGGGGGCCUCCUUUAGAGCAGGCUGCAGGGGGAGAGUCCAACUGGAGCCUGUCGCAGUCCUUUGAAUGGUCAUUCCCUAACCGGGCUCCUGAGCUUGGUGGGAGGAGACUGGGGUCUCCUCCCAGGUCUCCCAUUAAGGAGGCGGAUGAUACCAGUUUUCUGGAGGCAGAAUUGGGUGGAGAGAGUCCUAGCCCCAAAGGGGUUUAUGAGGAAACAGUGUCAAAAAGCCAGAGUAGGAGAGAGGAAGAGGCUGAGGCUUAUGGGAACUCUCCCUGCUUUGCUGACUCCAGGGAUUCCCAAAGGACUGGGAAGAAGGCUGAGCGGGAGCGAGAGUCCUCUUCAGCCCUUGGGAUAUCUGCACCUGGAGGCCCCUCUGCUCAGCUGGAGCCUAUUAGCCCCAAGCUACAAGGCCCUUUAGUGGCAGCAGAGGGUGAUUUUCAAGAGGAGCAUGAUGGCUUCCUGCCUUUUGCCCCAGCUCCUGAGGAAGGGGCUUUACGGGCAAUGGAGCCCUUGCCAAGUGUAGAGCAGGCUUCCCCUCCUGCGGAACCUUGCGUCUUGUUCUCGAAAGAUGCCCACGUGCAGGUGGCUGCUUGCUGCCAGGAGGACGAUGGUGCUCUGGGUCUGGCCCAGGAAAGCAAGAUGGGGGAUGCUGACCGCCCCAGGGGGCUUGGGCCUGAUCAUGGCUCACACUGGCUGGAUGAACUUCUGGCAUCUCCACCGCCCAGCGCUGAUGACACCAAGAGGAGAGGCACACCCAAGUCGGAAAAGUCCACAGGGCCGGAGGUAAAGAAUCUCCUUGGAUGGUCACAGAAGGACUUUUGCAGUGAGUUUGGCUUUGGAGGGGUUGAUCGGCCUGCUACCUUUGGAAUGGGUUGGUCUGCUCGUGUCAACAAAGUGGAUUGGCCUGGUGAGACGGAACAGGAUCGAGAGUUCGGCAUUGGCACACGGGACUGGCUGAGCUCUUAUAGCGUUGAUGAUGCCAAAACACAGGAUAUGGAAUUUGGUGCCAGCCAGCAAGACUGGGCCAGAGGGACACCAUUGCUGGUCAGCUCCAACCCAGGGCAAGAAGAUUGGCUCGCUACCUAUAGCAACAGCUGUGCUGACCAGAAGAUUAAAGAGCCGGAUUGGAGCAGCACAUACAGCAUUGAUACUGAUGAGUGUCAAGACCAAGAGCCCUACGUGAGAAAGCCAGGCUGGCCCAAACUCUGCAGUGCUGACAGUGAUCAGGAGAGCAGCGGAUUUGCAGAUGAGAAGGCAGGUUGGGGCAGCCAGUACCAUGCUGGUGCUGCUGAAAGCACUGACUGGACCAACAAAUACAGUGCAGAAGGUGCCAGCGAUCUAGAAUCAGAGGCCAACAUAAAGUCGUCAGAUGAAUCUAGCAAGUACACUAUUGAGAGCCUCCAGGAUACAGAGCUCAGUGUCAGUCGUUCAGAGGUGCCUGAUGAUUAUAAUGUUAUGGAUGUCACCUCUCAAGAUGCAAUAUUCAGUGUUAAUCGAUCAGGCUGGCCUAGUGAAUCCAAUGCUGGCAGUAGUACUAACCAACUGCAAAUAGGGUUCAGUGCCCACCGAGUCAAGCAACCCAGUGAAAAUAGUGGCACCCAUCCAGAAUCUCAGGUUAGCACUCAGCAGCAAUCACGGCCCAGUACAUAUGGCUUCAAUGAUGGCAAAUCUCAGGAGUCUGAACUGAGUAUUAAAGCAUCUGACUGGCCUAGUAGAUGUGACAUGGGGGUUGCCCAAAGCCAUGAUGGUGAGUUCAGUGUUGAGAAGCCAGAUGGAGCUAAUGAAGAUGAUAAUAGACAAACAGACUGGGAAGGAGAACUAGAUAAUGGAAAUAGAAGCAGCAGAACUGAGUUUGAUGUUCGUGAUCUGGGGUUCUGUGCCCAGAAGCAGGUCUGGGCUGAUGAAUAUAGCCUGGACGAAACUGAUCUGAAAAAUAAUGAUUUCCCUACUGGCUUAAGAGCCUGGGUCAAGGACAGUGAUCUCUCAGAAUCUGAACAGAAAAAGCUGUUCAGUGUCACAGAGAAGGACCAAGCUAGGAGCUUUGGCCCAUUAGAUUUCCCAGAUCGAAGAGCGAUGGUGGAUUUGGAGGAGACAGCUGACAGGCUGAUAGAUAAGGCUGUGGACUUAAGAACUGUAGCCAUGGAUGAUGAGCCUAGAGGCAUUGGAGAGGGGCAGCCUGAGUGGACUCAAGACCUUGGUCUUAGAGAUAUGGAUCUCUCCAGUGACUUGAAAGUUGGGAGCCCAGAUGCAUCUAAAAAACCUACGGAGAAGCAGCCUUGUUGGUUCUCUGUCCCUGGCUUGGAAAUUGUGUCUGCCUCAUCAGAUACAAGCCCUGGGAAUCCAGAGGAGGCCAGAGAACCUGGUGUGGGACAAGCAGAUUUGGCCUACAACUCUGGCACAGAAAGCAUGGAUGUAACUGAUUUGAGGCCCAAGGCUUUGGAUGGGGCUGAGGAAAUGGGCCUAUUACAAAGGGAUUGGACUGGCACAGCUGAGCAUAAAGGCCGCAGCGAUCCCUUUGGAGCUACUGGUUUAGAUGAUGAUGUCAUACAGCACCCAGGAGCAUCUAGAGAAAGAAAAUUAAAUAGUCAGCGACUGUCUAGUCCUAGCCACCUGUUGGAAGAGAUGGUUUCUGAUAGUACUGCCAAAGAGGUGGCCCAACAGAAGAGACCUGCCUCCUUCCAUAGCUGCCAGUUGGAAGCAGAGAAGAGAUGGAGCAGCUUGCCUGAUGAGCAGGCUAGGGCAUCUCCUCCAGUGGAGGAGGAUGAAAACGUUUUGUCUGAUGCUGAGGGUGGAGACAGCCAGUUGGACAUUGGAAAUGGGGGCCAACCAUCUGUGGAAGCAAGGGUGCUGAAUCAUCCAGAGCAAAAUGGAACCCAAGUGGCACAACCUCUAUCCAAGGAGAGUCAUGCUUCAGAGGGGGCUGGAGCACUGGCGCGGGAAAACUUCUUCUUGAAGGAUAUAGAGGUUCUUGACAACACUGUGUACCGCGACCGUGGUAAUUUGGGCCGCAAGCGGGGUCAUCGGGCACCAGCCACAAGGUCUGCAGGCGCUCUUUCAGAGAGUGACAGGGACAGCUGGAUGUUCAAGGAUUCCACAGAGCCUCGAAUAGCUUCUGCAGCCUCGGAUGAGGAAGCUCAUGAGGAGCCAAAGAGCAGGAAGUCACGAAAUACUCCAUCGUCAAAGGGGGUAAAGGUGCCCCUCUUCCCAGGCCUCAGCCCCUCAGCAUUAAAGGCCAAGUUGAGAGGGCGCAACCGCUCUGCUGAGGAAGGAGAUCCACAAAGUGAGGCCAAAGAGGCCAACAUACAGCGCUCUAAAUCAUGCAAGAUUGCCAACAUCAGCGGGAAGCCUCUGGUGCUGCCACCCAAGCCAGAGAAAUCCUCAGGGUCAGAAACAUCCUCACCCAAUUGGCUGCAAGUUCUGAAGCUGAAAAAGAAGAAACCUUGAAAUAAAACAUUCAGAUGUUGCUCUCCUGCUACUGGGGCCUUGACAGCAGACGUUCCAGUGAGCUAUUCACGGGUGGGAGGCAGCAUGGUGGGGUUGGAGCCAGAGUCCCCAUCUAACAGCUCUAAGGGAUUGGGGGGAAGGGGGGGGAAGAGGGAGGACGAGGCACAUUUAUGCACUUUGUAUCACAUUCACUCACUCAUGCAUAUGGCGGUCAGAUUUCUCUCUGCCGCUCUCCUGUCUUUUUCCUCCUCCUUUUUUUUCCUUCUUAUACCACGUACAGUUUUAUAAAGUCUCUUUUAUUUUUUUGUAAUCAGCCAAGGAGCUUGGUUCUGGCCCCUUUUCUUUCAGCCCAAGGUAGGGAGGGAAGACAAAGAGGUGAGGCGUUUGCUCUCUCUGCUGCCAUAUAAUGCAUUUCAGACAAAAGAGGAAUGAAUUUUUUCCCCUUCGGUCACUUGAAUCAAAUAAAGGUUUUAUGGUUAUGGA